GUUAUAAUUUAGAUCCACUAACGGAUAAUUUCAUGCUUAUAUUGCAAUUGGCUAAUGGAGGAAGUUUACGCAAUUAUUUACAAUCAAAAUGGAAAAAUGACGAAAUUUUAACUGAACUUGAAAG